UUAUAGGUUAUGUUGUCAUAAUUGCACGUGGUGUUGCACUACUGUACAAGCAUGUUAUUGUUUUUUUAGUUUUAUUGUUUGAAAAAUGUCACGUGAACCGAAAUUAACAAACACUGCUCCUAAUUUUUGGAAACCAGCAAAGUCACAAAAUCCCUUACUACAAACUCUUGGCACUCCGCACGUAGAAUCUUUUAAUUAUUUUCUAGAAGAAGGUCUUGCAACAGCUAUAAAUGAAAUUUAUCCCAUUCAAUUUAGCGUUGGCAGUGGAGAUAAAAUAAAACUCUGGAUUGAAAGUGCUCAAGUCAGAGAGCCAUUAGUUCCGGAAGGUACAUUGGGAGUAAAAAAUCGCAGAAUAUUUCCAACAGAAUGUCGACAACGAGGUUACACUUACAAAGGAUUAUUGACAGUGAAAAUGGCAUGGUCUGUCAAUGGAAAAAUCCAACCAUCCAUAGACAAAGAUUUAGGAGAAAUCCCGAUAAUGGUUAAGUCGAAUAAAUGCCAUCUGAAUGGAAUGAAUCCUACACAAUUGGUAGCGCACAAGGAACACGAGGAAGAAUGGGGUGGUUAUUUUGUUAUAAAAGGACAUGAAAAACUGAUAAGAAUGUUAUUAAUGACCAGAAGAAAUUAUCCCAUUGCCGUUAAAAGAUCUGGUUGGAAGCAACGUGGAAGUUUAUUUAGUGAUCUCGGUAUUUACAUAAGAUGCGUUCGCGACGACAAUACUGCAGUGACGAAUACGCUGCACUAUGUUACAGACGGAACGGUUAAAUUGGCCUUUUCACAUAGAAAAUACAUGUAUUACAUACCAUUGUUAUUAAUUCUAAAAUGUCUCAUGGACGUACCGGAUAUUUACAUUUAUAAAGCUUUAAUUGCUGGUUGUGAAGAUGAUAAACAAUAUCACGGUUACAUUGCAAAUAUGAUGCGAGCAGUCAAAGAAGAUGGUUUAAUUACUCACGAUCAAUGUAAAGCUUACAUAGGAAAAUUAUGUAGAGUCAAAUUUUACGAAAUACCAGCCGAUGCAAAAGAUUCCGAAGUCUGUGAUUUUAUAAUUAAAUACUGUAUAGGAAUUCAUCUCGACGAUCCAGUAGAUAAAUUUCAAUUGCUCGUUCACAUGACAAAAAAAUUAUUUGCAGCUUGCCAGGAUAAAUGUGUAAUUGAAGGUGUCGAUGCAGUUAUGAUGCAGGAAUGUUUAUUGGGCGGUCAUUUAUAUUUGCAAAUUAUUAAAGAGAAAAUUUCUACAUGGCUCAAUAAUGUGAGAUUUGCCAUUUUGAAACGUGCCAAGACAAUUAAUAAUUACACCAUAAAAUCCCUGGAUGUCGUAAAUGCAAUGAAACAUUCCGGUUCAGUGGAAAAUGCCAUGGGAAAUUUUAUGGCGACAGGAAACAUACGAACCGAUAGCGGUUUGGGUCUUAUGCAAACAUCAGGUUUAACAAUUGUAGCUGAAAAUAUUAACAGAAUGCGAUACAUGAGUCAUUUUCGAGCAAUUCACAGAGGUUCUUUUUUCACCGAAAUGAGAACAACGGAACAUCGAAAAUUGCUUCCGGACGCUUGGGGAUUUAUUUGUCCAGUCCAUACACCCGAUGGAACGCCAUGCGGACUCCUGAAUCACUUGACAAUGAGUUGUAUUAUAACGAAACAUCCGGAUCAAAAAUUGAAGGAAGCAAUUCCCGAUUUUUUACUGGACCUAGGAAUGUUACCACUAUCAAGAGCUGACGAUUGGAAAAAUUCCCAUUCUAUAAUGCACACAAUUAUGUUGGAUGGAAAAAUAAUUGGCUUGAUUGAGGAUAAAAUUGUUGCGCGUGUUGUUGAUAAACUUCGUGUUCUUAAGAUUAAUAGUAAAAUUCCUCCAACAACGGAAAUUGUUUUGGUUCUCAAGAAAAAUGUUCCGGCACAAUAUCCUGGAUUGUAUUUAUUUACGGGACCAACAAGAAUGAUGAGACCGGUUCAAAAUUUAUCGGUGAAGAAAAUUGAGCUCAUUGGAACAUUCGAGCAAGUUUAUUUGGAUAUUUGUAUUAAACCAGACGAAGCUCACGAGGGGUUAACAACUCAUCAGGAAUUAUCGAAAACUUCCUUCUUAAGCAAUUUGGCUUGUUUAAUUCCAAUGCCUGACAAUAAUCAAAGUCCCAGGAAUAUGUAUCAAUGUCAGAUGGGAAAACAAACGAUGGGUACCCCUUGUCAUAAUUGGCUUCAACAAUCGGAAACCAAAUUAUACAGAUUACAAACUCCAGCGACACCGUUAUUUAGACCGACUCAUCAUGAUGACAUUGGAUUAGAUAAUUUUGCUAUGGGUACAAAUGCAAUUGUCGCCGUCAUUUCUUACACAGGUUACGAUAUGGAAGAUGCUAUGAUAAUAAAUAAAGCUUCCUACGAUAGAGGUUUUGCUCACGGAAUGAUUUACAAAUCCGAAUUUAUUGAUUUGAAAGAACAAAAGGACUAUUUUGCACGUGAUCCAAAUAAUAAAGACCUGGAGAAGAUUUUAGAUCCUGAUGGUCUUCCAAAUCCUGGGACUAAACUUGAGAAAGGAACCGUUUAUUACUCGUAUUGGAAUUCAGAUCAGAACGAAUAUACGACGGGAAAAUACAAUGGUAAAGAAGAAGUUUACGUGGACAAUGUUAAACUUUGCGGUACUUUGCACAGCCACAUUCCAAGAAGAGCUUGUAUUACUUAUCGAGUUCCGCGUAAUCCGAGUAUUGGGGAUAAAUUUGCAUCACGAGCAGGACAAAAGGGAAUUUGCUCUCAAAUGUGGCCACAAGAGGAUUUACCCGUUUCCGAAACGGGACUAGUUCCUGAUAUUAUUUUUAAUCCUCACGGAUUUCCUAGUCGGAUGACAAUUGCUAUGAUGAUUGAAGUAAUGGCUGGAAAAUCGGCAUCGAUUCAUGGACUCGUACACGAUGCAACACCAUUUAGAUAUUCCGAGGAAGACACUGCCGUGGAAUAUUUUGGUAAACUUUUAGAAGCAGGUGGGUAUAAUUAUUAUGGAACCGAAAGAAUGUACAGCGGUGUUACUGGAACAGAAUUACAGGCAAGUAUUUUCAUGGGUGUCGUUCACUAUCAACGACUUCGACACAUGGUUUCGGAUAAAUGGCAGGUGAGAAGUACAGGUCCUAUUGACGCUUUGACCAGACAACCAAUUAAAGGACGAAGAAGAGGUGGAGGUGUGAGAUUUGGAGAAAUGGAACGAGAUUCAUUAAUCUCUCACGCAUGUCCUUUUCUUCUGCAAGAUCGUCUCUUUCAUUGUUCUGAUGAAGCCACGAUGUUGAUUUGUCAACAAUGUGGAACUUUGCUUGGUCCGGGAAUGGAAUUAUCAGUAAGUAAAGCGGGAAUUGGUGAGAGAAAAAUUAGGUGCAGAAUGUGUGACAAUGAUCAUUCUUCUAAAGAAAUUGAUUUGCCCUACAUCUUUCGCUAUUUGGUUUACGAAUUAGCAUCGUGUAAUAUAAAGGUGAAACUCGACAUUGAGGAAAAAUAGAAUUAUAGAUAAAUACAAUAUUUAAAAAAAAAAAAAUGCAAAUCUAAUAGACUUUAUACAUUUGUGUAAUUUAUGUAAUAAAAAAAUGAAUUUUGAAAAAAAGGAA